UUUGUUCCAAUUUUUUUCUAUCAUUGCAAAGUUGCAUUUUUUAUUGUUGCUUAAUAAAAGUAUUUAUUAUUUUAACAAAAGUUCCAGUUUACAGUGAGUGGAGAGAACCCGCGCAACACGGGACUUUCAAAUCUUUGAGCUUUUCAUAAUUCAUUUGAGAUAUUAUGGAUUCAGUAAAGGUUGCUGUACGAAUCAGGCCACUUGUAAAAUCAGAAACUGAAAGUGGCUGUCGCUCUUGCAUUGAGAGGAUACCCGAUGAACCUCAGAUCUCAAUCGGAAAAGCUAGUCAGACGUUCACGUUUAAUUAUGUCUUCGAUGAGUUCGAGGGACAAAGCAAGGUCUACAAUUGCGCAGUGAAGCAUCUUAUUGAAAAUCUAUUCAAAGGUUACAAUUUGACUAUCCUUGCAUAUGGUCAAACAGGUUCUGGCAAAACAUACACUAUGGGUACAAAUUAUUCCGGAGGCAUCGAGCUGGGCAUAAUUCCUAGAGCAGUUUAUGAUAUAUUUGAUACAAUUGACACAAAGACUGAUUAUUCGUAUAGAGUGACUUGCUCAUUUUUAGAAUUGUAUAAUGAAAGUCUCUAUGAUUUGCUGACUAACAAACCGCGUGAGCAAAGCGUGGUCGAUAUGCGGGAGCAGCAUAACAGCGUUUGCAUUCCCGGUCUGACUGAAGUGGAGGUCCAUUCCCCCGCCGAAGCCCUCAGCCGGCUUCAAGAAGGUUCUCAAGGUAGGGUGGUAGGAGCAACAGCCAUGAACGCCCAAUCAUCACGAUCUCAUGCCAUAUUCACAUUUAAUAUUAGAAUAACCAACAAGCAAAACCCGAAGGAAGUGAUGACAUCUAAGUUCCAUUUAGUGGAUUUGGCCGGAUCAGAAAGGUCGAAAAAAACUGGUGCCACAGGCGAUAGGUUCAAAGAAGGGGUCAAUAUUAACAAAGGGCUCAUGGUACUCGGCAAUGUCAUAUCGCAACUCUGUGAUGGAACCAAUAGCUUCAUCAAUUAUAGAGACAGCAAGCUCACUCGUCUCCUUCAAGAUUCACUUGGUGGAAACUCUGUCACACUUAUGAUAGCAUGUGUGAGUCCAGCGGAUUACAACCAAGACGAGUCAGUCAGCACCCUUCGGUAUGCAGAUAGGGCAAAGAAGAUCAAGAACAAACCUGUAGUGAACCAGGACCCGCAGAGUGCAGAAAUAUCCAAGCUUAAGAAAGAAUUGGAAGACAUGAGGCUGAAAUUUAUUGAAGGAGGUGGUGUCAGUUAUGAGUGUCCUCCGAGUCACAAACAGUUGGAACAGGAGUUGGAGGAUGCUCAGACUCGUAUCAAAGAGCUUCUUAAAACUUUAACCGAGUAUAUGUCUCAAAGCUCCAAUUUAUUGGAGCGAGCUGUUAUGGCAGAGAAAUUAGAAGAGACAAUGAAAGAGAAGUUCUCCGAAUUAACCCACCUGUCUGAAUCGAUCACUGCGGAAUCAGGUGACAUCGACAAGAACAAGAUUCUGCAAGACAUCAAAACCAAAAUUCUUGAAGUUCAGGUGCAGAGACUCCAGUGUGAGAAGGAGAUGCUCAGUCAUGAAAAGCUGUCAGGAAAUAAUAUGGGCCCAUUUGAAGAGGAUGGACUCAAUACACCAAUAAGGCACGAACACAUUCUAUGCCAGGCAAAGAUCAACAAAGAAAUUUAUCAAAUCACAAAGAAUCUUGUCUGGAAAGAAGAGCUAAUGGCAAAAUUGUCCGAAAACGCAAAUGGACUCGGAGUCAUUGAGGGCGUUUCUCAAAAGGAGGUCGAUGAUCUCAAAAAGCAAGUUGAAUCCUUGCAGGCUGAAAAGGACGAGCUGCUCAGCCAGAUCAACAACGCUGCAGUAAAUUCGGCGAACAAUGCCAGCAAAGUUGCUGAACAGAGAAGGAAAAGGCUCCAUGAACUUGAGCAACAGAAGACAACACUUCUUAAAAAGAUUGCAGAACAAGAAAGGAUAAUUAAAAUGAAGCAGAAUUCUGAUGAAAAAAUGAAAGCUUUACAGGCUGAUAUCAUGUCAAUGAAACAACUCAAGGUAAAACUGAUACAGCAGAUGAAGAGUGAAAAUGAAAAGUUCAGAACGUGGAAGGUAGAAAAAGAUCGGGAAAUGUGCCUGCUUCGUUCCCAGAAUGUUAAACGGCAGAACCAAUUGAAAAAGAUGGAACAACAGCACUCGCUACAGCAGAAUGUACUGAAGCGUAAGCUCGAAGCUGCCGCAGCCGCCAACAAGAGAAUCAUGGCUGUCCUGGACAGGCAGAAGCAGGCCAAGAUGAGAAGGCUGAAGGGCCCUGCCUCUGAGAGGAUAAAAGAAAAGAUGCAGGAGGAGCUCGAGCUGCUCGAGUCCGAAUACCAAGCCCAGAGGUCGCUCGAUUCUCUAAUCCAAGAUCGAGCCUCUUUAACAAAAGAAUUAACCAUAGUCAAAGAAAGCCUGCAGGAUAAUUCUAUAUCCCAGGAAGAAAAAGAAAAACUAGAAAGGGACAUGAUGCAAAUUGAAGAAGGCAUCGCCAACAGGAGUGCCGAAAUUUCUGACCUUCAGCAAAAACUUCUUGAUAUCCAUCAUGAAGAUCGGCCUAAAGGAAACUGGGAUAUGCUGCAAUCCAUGGGCGAUGCAAAGUUUGCCAUUUCGUACUUGUUCAACUUUGUGUCUGAAAAAAUAAAAGAAAAUUUAAAUACUGCACAGUCCGUUUCAGAGCUCAAGGAACAACAGCAUGAAUAUGUCAACCAGCUUGAUCUCUACUCUCAAAAGAUGGAAAUAAUGGCUGCCAGUCACAAAGUGGAAUUGGAAAAUUUGGAAAAAGAAUGUGAGGAAAAAGUUUACAUCUUAUUGAAGCGCAUUCAAGAGCCAAAUCUGAACGAGUCUGAAGAGAUGGUUCAAUACAAGAAUAUCAAGUAUGAAGAGCUCGAGAAAAUCGGGAUGCUCAGGAACAGAGUCAAGGAACUGGAGGAAGAAGUAAACACCUUGAACAAAGCACUCGUCGUGCGCAAACCUCCAUCUACACAUAUGGAAGCUUUUGAAAACUUUUUGGAGCAAAAAGAUACAACCUUCACUACAUCGAAGGCUGGUCAGGGCACGAGAAAGAGCAAAAAGAAAACACAGACAUUCACCUACGAAUUGGCCGAUGAAGAGAGGAUGAGGGCGUUUGACGAUUCGGUCGAGAUAGAGAAUGACGACCCCAACGAUCCAGACUGGGUUCGCACGCCCCUCUACAAGAGACUGCAGUCCCUUAAGUCAUCGAAGAGAAGGUGUAACAGCAAAAACAAGACAAACCCGCAAUGCUCUUGCCAAGAAGAAUGCUCUCCUAAAUCCUGUCCUUGUAAAAAGGAUGACCUAGACUGCAAUGAAAACUGUACAUGCGAUUCUGCCUGUAAAUUACAAGAUAAGUCAAAUUUAGAAGUCAGCCCAACAAAAAAACAGAGGUUAAUGGAACCUUUAGUGAGCAUAAGAGCAAGAAGGGACGACUACUUUUUAUAGACACCGCAGUCAUAUGAUUAUUUUUAAAUAGUUUCUCCUGUUUUUACUUUCUGGAAAAGACCAAGACCUUUAGUCCCCCCCCCCCCGAUAAUCGUUGGAAUUGCACGUUUUAUUGUUUGACUUAAUUAUUCUUUUUGUAUAUUUUAGAGUUGAAGAUUAUAAUCAAUUUUAUAUAAUAACCUAAAGUUCUUUUCCUUUAAGUGUACAUUGAUUUUAGACUUAUUUUUUAUUUAUUUUAAAGUUGUUACUCAAGUACGAUUGUAUACUUUUCUUAAUGUUGAACAGCAGUGGGUAAGGAAAUAAAAAAGAUACAAAAAUUAUAUACCCGUUACCUUUUGUGCAGAACUUAAUUUUACAUUUAGUUCUUAAAAAUUAAAAAUUAUUAAAUUAUUCUUUUUGUGUAUUUUAGAGUU